AUGCCAGGGAAACCUGAAACUGAUGAAUGUGGAGUAAAGCAUAGUGAGCAUGUUCAGUUUUCAUCUUCCAUUUAUUCUCAUCAACCUUGGUGGCUUGAAAAUGCCUCCAAAUCAUCUUUACUUGAUCAGCUCAAUGGUUCAAUCAUGAAUGGUGUCACAAAUUCAGAAGCCUUGGUUUCUCCUUCAGGCGAGGACAUUGCGAAGGAGCUUCGAAACAUCAAACAUGUCCAGUCCUCAAAUCCAUUUACCAUGGACAAACACCUUGAUCCAAAUUCGCAGACAGAACUUGUUCAUCAUUCAACUGUUUUGACAUCUCCUUAUUCAAAUCUACAAUUUGGUCAAUUCUUGACUACUUAUGGACAACCAGCAAUGAUGAACCCUCAGCUAUACAACAUGCAUCAUGCUAGAGUGCUUUUGCCACUUGAAAUGGAAGAAGAACCUGUUUAUGUCAAUGCAAAGCAGUAUCAUGGUAUUUUGAGGCGAAGACAGUCGCGCGCCAAGGCCGAGCUUGAAAAAAAAGUUAUUAAAGUCAGAAAGCCGUAUCUUCAUGAAUCCCGUCACCUACAUGCUUUGAGAAGGGCAAGGGGGAACGGCGGUCGCUUUCUCAAUACAAAGAAGCUCGAACAUAACGAUUCUAAUGCUAAUUCCGCUCUAGAAAAAGGAAACAAUCCUGAUGCAACAUUGGUUACCAACAAAGAGAAUCAAGGCUUGGAAAAUGCGUCACAGUCUGUGCACAAAAUGCAAGGUUUUGACACCGGUUACCGUGAUGGAAAUGGCUUUACAGAACUAUGUCAUUCACAGGCAAAUGGUGAAGAUGAAGGGUUUUGCUUCAUCCAACUUAUGAUGCUGUAA